AUGAUCCGACAUGGAGAAAAGCCCGCCAAAGUACACGGGAUAGAACCAGAUGGACUCUCUCCUCAAGGCAAAGAGCGUGCAAAUGAUCUUGUCAAUGUCUUUGGAACGAAUUCGUCCUAUGAUAUUGGAUACAUCAUGGCGGAGCAUCCUCAUCACGGUGGCGGUCGUGAUCGCCCUUGGAAGACCGUGGAGCCGUUGGCAGAUGCGCUUGGGUUGAAGGUCUAUAAAAAGAUUGACCGGGAUGAUUACGCUGGAGCUGCAAGCAAAGCCUUGUCCUUCGAGGGUCCCGGAAAUCUACUGCUUUGCUGGGAGCAUGAAUCCCUUGAUGGUAUUGCUAAGGCAAUUGGUAUUCAGGGAUAUGCGAGGGAGACUGGGUGGACUGGCGAAGUGAAGUACCCUGACGACAGGUUUGAUCUGAUUUGGGUUGUGCCGCCGCCGUAUACGGAGAUCACUGUUGUAGGAAGUGAGCUGGUUCCCGGCUUGGAUGAUGGAGUCCAGGUUAACGCCAAAGGAGACGUCCCCCCUCCUUCGGAUGACUGA